GACUGCGGGGCGGACGGGGGACGCAGGGACGCAAGUUUAGCUCUGGCUCCACCGCCCCGACCCCCGCCGUCAUUGCCGCCAUGACGGGACUCGCCCUUCUCUACUCCGGCGUCUUCGUGGCCUUCUGGGCCUCCAUGAUUGUCGUGGGUGAGGCCCUGCCCUGCGGGGGCGGCGGGUUCCUUACUGAGACUUCCCCCUUUAUGUGGUCGAACCUGGGCAUUGGGCUAGCUAUCUCCCUGUCUGUGGUUGGGGCAGCCUGGGGCAUCUAUAUUACUGGGUCUUCCAUCAUUGGGGGAGGGGUGAAGGCCCCCAGGAUCAAGACCAAGAACCUGGUCAGCAUCAUCUUCUGUGAGGCUGUAGCCAUCUACGGCAUCAUCAUGGCAAUUGUCAUUAGCAACAUGGCUGAGCCUUUCACUGCCACUAACCCCAAGGCCAUCGGCCAUCGAAACUACCAUGCAGGCUACUCUAUGUUUGGGGCUGGCCUCACAGUGGGCUUCUGCAACCUCUUCUGUGGAGUCUGUGUGGGCAUCGUGGGCAGUGGGGCUGCCCUGGCUGACGCGCAGAACCCCAGCCUCUUCGUGAAGAUCCUCAUCGUGGAGAUCUUUGGCAGCGCCAUCGGUCUCUUUGGGGUCAUCGUCGCAAUCCUCCAGACCUCCAGAGUGAAGAUGGGUGACUAGAUGAUCUGCAUGGGCGGGGCUGUGCCCCCUCUUAAUUUAUUUGUGCUUUUCCCGGGACUGCUGGGGUUGGACCCUUACCCUUUCCGGAGGCUUGGUGUUGACAGCUUUCUCUGUAGCUCCUCCCACUGCCUUUCGGCUUGGAGGCACUGCUUGGCUGGCUCCUCAGUGUGGGGAGUGGGCCACUGGCAAUGUGUGUACAGUUGUGCACCUGGGCCCCUACACACAGCCCCCACCUACUUACCCAGUGUUUGUGAAAUAAAUGUGAUACUCAUCCGGA